UAUCAUACACACACACACACACAUAUUUAGCGUAAAGCAUUUAAUUGCUUCUUUAGUUGUGGAUUAACUUGAUCGUGUGUGCUCACAUACACAUACAUACAACACACACACUCACACAUACACUCACACACACUCACAUACAUACAUACAUGCUCUUAUAAACUGACACAUGUGGGAAUAUGACCAGCAGAUAGCCAAGAAUCAGAAUAGAACAUAAUUGUUAAAUGUUACAAUGAGCUGCUAACACUGACGUCUAUUGAAGCAUCUAGAAUUGAUGUGAGUAAACUGGGUGGAUUUUCUCUCAUUUCUCACUUCACAACUGAAAACGUAGCCGAAUAGCACAUUAUUUCAAAAUAAAAUCAAAGACCCAUAACAUUCAAAUGGUACCUGGACAAAUUCCUCCAAGAAAUACCAGUUAAAAAUGAAGAGGUUACUACAAAACAUUAUUCUGCCACUUGCUUUCCUGUGCUUUUUGGUGACACUAUGUUAUUGUGAAGAAAAGGAAGAACCCCUUGAAGAUGUGAAAAUUGAAAUAUUAAAGGAAUCUGAAAAUUGUGAAAGAAAAGUGAAACGAGGGGACAAGUUAAAGGUGAAUUAUAAAGGAUACUUGGAGAACGGAAAAAUUUUUGAUGAUUCAACAAAACAAAAGGACCCAUUUGAGUUUCAAAUAGAUGGUGGAACAAUGAUUAAAGGAUGGCAGCUUGGUUUAAAAGGUGCUUGUGUUGGUGAAACACGAAAGCUAACUAUCCCUCCAAAAUAUGCUUUCGGUGAAUAUGGGAACCCUGCUGGAAUCCCUGGGAAUUCAAUUGUGACAUUUGAUAUUGAAAUUGUUUCUAUUGAAGAUGGUCCAGAAAUACCUGAUACUUUUUCAUUAAUUGAUGCUAAUAAUGACAAACGACUGUCGAAGGAGGAGGUUCAAAUCUUCUUUCGAGAACAGGACAAAACUAGUGGAGCUUCAAAUCACUUUGAAUCAGCAAACCUAAUGUUUAUAUAUGAAGACAUUGAUAAGGAUGGUUAUAUAUCACAUUUUGAAUUCAACGGACCAAAACAUGUCGAACUUUAAUCCUUUCAUUUAUGGCUUAAUUUCAUUAUUUCAUAAUGAAUAGAUUCAUUUAAUGGAGAAAAAUUACAUAUAAUUCAACUAAGAGAAAAUAUUUCCCAUACAAACACAUGUAAAUUUCACGUUUAUUAUUAAGCUACAUACAAUUAAAGAUGCAACUGUAUGUUCCUGAAACACACAUACACGACCAUAUAUAUACCUAUUUUUAUGUACAUGUGUGUAUAUAUAUGUGUGUGUGUGCCAGGGAUGUGCCGUCUAGGUAGGCAGUGCCUACCUUGGAUAAAAUAAAUUGGUAGCAACAUUUUCCUUUCACAGCAAAAUAUGCACAUAAUUCAAUAAAAUCAUGAAAGUUA